UUUUCUUUACACACAAUUGUUCCGUUUUCCGUUUGCUUUCUUUUCGCAUGUGUUUUGGAUAUUUUUGUUUCUAUUUUUCAACCAAUUUCGUGUGUUUUUGGGAUUUUAAUUGUGUUUUCUGUCCAUAAUUCCCGAAUUUAAAAUCUAGAAAAUGAAUACCAAAGUCGAAGGUAAAGGUGAGCCUGAGAUUCAACAGCAAAUGAAUCGAAUUCGGGUUACACUCAACAGUCCAGAUGUCAAAAAACUUGAAAAAGUUUGUUCCGAUUUGAUUCGUGCGGCUAAAGAAAAUGCUGUUCAAGUAAAUGGACCAGUACGUAUGCCAACAAAAACGUUGCGAAUAACCACACGUAAAACGCCUUGCGGUGAAGGUUCAAAAACAUGGGAUAGAUUUCAGAUGCGUAUUCAUAAACGUAUUAUUGAUCUGAAAAGUACAUCAGAAAUUGUCAAGAAAAUUACCGCCAUCGGUAUUUCACCAGGUGUCGACAUUGAAUUCACUAUCGCUAAUUCUUAAACGUCACAUUAACAAAUAUUUUUUUGUAUAAUUUACGCUAAUAAAACAUGAUGACAAAGAAAUAAAUUCCUUUGAAAAAUUC